AUGGGAGUGGAAGGCAAGGAGGAAGAAGGGGAGACGACAGCGGAGGAGGAGGAGGAAGCUAAAGUUGCCGAGGAAGAGCAACCCAGGUUAGAAAACGGAGAAAACGCUGAGGAUAAUGAAUCGGGGAGCACAGACUCUGGGCAGGAGAAUUCGGGGGAAACCCGCCUGCUGCGCUCGGGAACUUACAGCGACCGGACCGAGUCGAAAGCCUACGGCUCCGUCACGCACAAGUGCGAGGACUGCGGGAAGGAGUUCACGCACACGGGCAACUUCAAGCGGCACAUCCGCAUCCACACCGGGGAGAAGCCCUUUUCCUGCCGGGAGUGCAACAAGGCCUUCUCGGACCCGGCCGCGUGCAAAGCGCACGAGAAGACGCACAGCCCGCUGAAGCCCUACGGCUGUGAGGAGUGCGGGAAGAGCUACCGCCUCAUCAGCCUGGGGCCCCAGCUGGUGCACAGCGGGGAGAAGCCCUAUCAGUGCGACUACUGCGGGCGCUCCUUCUCCGACCCCACCUCCAAAAUGCGGCACCUGGAGACCCACGACACUGACAAGGAGCACAAGUGCCCCCACUGCGACAAGAAAUUCAACCAGGUGGGGAACUUGAAGGCGCACUUGAAGAUUCACAUCGCGGACGGACCCCUGAAGUGCCGGGAGUGCGGCAAGCAGUUCACAACCUCAGGCAACCUCAAGCGGCACCUGCGGAUCCACAGCGGCGAGAAGCCCUACGUGUGUGGGCGGCAGUUUCCUGACCCUGGGGCGCUGCAGCGUCACGUCCGCAUCCACACGGGGGAGAAGCCGUGCCAGUGCCGCCUCUGCGGCAAGGCCUUCACCCAGGCGAGCUCCCUCAUCGCCCACGUGCGCCAGCACACGGGCGAGAAGCCCUACGUGUGCGAACGCUGUGGCAAGAGGUUCGUGCAGUCGAGCCAGCUCGCCAACCACAUCCGCCACCACGACAACAUCCGGCCUCACAAGUGCACGGUGUGCAACAAGGCCUUCGUCAACGUGGGCGACCUCUCCAAGCACAUCAUCAUCCACACCGGGGAGAAGCCCUUCCUGUGUGACAAGUGCGGCCGUGGCUUCAACCGCGUGGACAAUCUGCGCUCCCACGUGAAGACGGUGCACCAGGGCAAGGCCGGCAUCAAGAUCCUGGAGCCUGAGGAGGGCGACGAGGUGAACAUCGUCACGGUGGCCUCGGAGGACAUGGUGACGCUGGCCACCGAGGCGCUGGCAACUACUGCGGUCACGCAGCUCACGGUGGUCCCCGUGGCGGCCGCGGUGACAGCAGAUGAGACUGAAGCACUUAAAGCUGAGAUCACCAGGGCCGUGAAGCAGGUGCAAGAAGCAGACCCCAACACGCAGAUCCUCUACGCCUGCGACUCGUGCGGGGACAAAUUCCUGGAUGCCAACAGCUUGGCCCAGCACGUCCGCAUCCACACGGCCCAGGCCCUCGUCAUGUUCCAGGCCGACACGGACUUUUACCAGCAAUACGGCGCCGCCACCACCUGGCAAGCGGAGCAGGUGAUCCAGUCGGGAGAGCUGCUCUUCCGGCCCCGCGACGGAGCGGCCGAGGUGCCGGCGCCCCUGGCUGAAGCUCGGACAUACAGCCAGAUCCAUGCACAGCUGGAUAUACAGCAAAAUGCCUGGACAUAG